AUGAUUUAUGAGGAAGAUGGUGCUGACUUGGUUGAAGCUAUAGCAUCAGGAGAUAUUAUGUUACCUACACUACCUCCAGGUGUUAAGUUCACAAUGACCAGCACUAUGAUCCACUUGCUGAACCUAAAAGCUAUGUAUAAAGGUACUGCUAGUGAUGAUGAAAAUCCAUACUUAAUGAAUUCUUUGACAAUCUGCUCAUUGAUGAGAAGACCAUUUGCAGAGAGCAUGCAAUUAAUAGAAGAGGUCUCAAAGAACAACACAGCAUGGUACGGUAGAGAAACACAGGUCCAACUUCCUGAAGGAGUAACACCAUUUAUGCAUAUAAAUCAAAAUGAAUUUUUAUGUCGAAAGCAUAAGAAACUAACAGAAGAGGAUAUUGAUAUAUGUGAAUGCAAGUAUGAUGCAAGUGAUCCUAAUAGUGCAUGUGUAGGAAGAUGUUUGAAUUUAUUAACAAACAUUGAAUGUACACCAGGAUAUUGUCCAUGUGGCGAAAAUUGCCGAAAUCAGAGAUUCCAGAAAUGUGAAUAUGCAAAAACUAAGUUGUUCAGGACUGAAGGGCGUGGUUGGGGUCUUUCAGCUGAUGAGAAUAUAAAGGCUGGACAGUUCAUCAUGGAAUACUGUGGAGAAGUGCUAUCAUCUGAAGCAGCAAAGAAAAUGUGUCUGGCUUAUGAAGCUCAUAAAAUCAAGGACGCAUACAUCAUGUCACUGAACGCGAAUUAUUUCAUUGAUGCUACCAAGAAGGGAAGUCUAGCAAGAUUCAUUAAUCAUUCAUGCCAACCAAAUUGUGAAACAAGGAAAUGGAUAGUGUUAGGGGAAACAAGGGUAGGAAUAUUUGCAAAGAGAGAUAUAUCCAUUGGAAUGGAGCUUUCAUAUAACUAUAACUUUGAGUGGUAUGGUGGUGCACCUGUUCAUUGUCUGUGUGGAGCUGCAAACUGUUCUCUUUUUUUGGGUGCCAAAUCUCAAGGAUAUAGGGAGUGCAGCAAUGUCUUGGAAGAAGGGGAUAACAGACAUAUCGUGGAGAAUCUUCCACUUUAUGAUGAUGAAUCUUCUCCAGUGAUCUCUGGAACUAGUGGAGAAAAUGAGCACACAAAGAUAUUGAAUGACGGUGAGGGGUCUACGUUCCAGUUGGAACCAACUAAUAGCGCAACCAAGAAGAAGUCUCAGCAUAAACCCAAGUUGAAGCUAUUAAAAAACUGCUGA